CUCUUCAGCGUAUUCCAGAGCCUUCACGUCAACCCCGUAUUCUUCUGUCAUGGCGGUCCAACAUCAGCCAACUCAGGUGGUGAUGGUCUCCUCCGCCACUCAUGGUGUUGGGAACUGGAGCACCGGCCUCUGCGACUGCUGCUCUGAUAUGGGCACCUGCUGCUGUGCUCUUUGGUGUUUCCCCUGCAUGCAGUGUCAGACGGCCAGUGAUUAUGGCUGGUGCUGCCUCAUGCCACUGCUGGACUUCUGCUGCGUGGUGUCCUGCAUACUCCGGUCCAACAUCAGGGAACGCCACAACAUUCCUGGCUCCUGCUGUGACGACUGCUGCAAAUUAAUGUGGUGCUACGCCUGUGUCUGGUGCCAGAUGAACCGAGAGCUGAAGAUCAGGGGUAGAAACCAGUCUGGCACCACCGUGGUCACCACGCAGGUCACCAGAGGGUAG